UAGUGUGUUUCAGCUUCGCUUACACUGUUUGCACUGUUUGGUGUUUUCAUUCUAGUGGUGGUUAUGUGGUGUGUGUGUGCGGGUGAGUGAAAAAGUGUAACUAGGUGCGUGUUUCCUUAAACAUCGCUGUAAUCGAGAAUACCGAAGAUGUCUGCUAAAUAUGGAAAAUUAUGCUGUCUUCUAUUGUUAGAACAUUUUGGAGAAAUCGUUGAAAAGGUUGCGUGCGAUCUUAGGAAAUGGGGUACAAAACCGCUCAGAUUAAUAGUGGCUACUACACGUUUACCUCCGCCGAAGGUGAAGCAGGCCCUGCGGAUCCUUAUUCAAUAUGGUUUUGUAACGUUUUCCUCCAGCCAAGUUGCUUCUGUUGCUGAGUACACAGUGAAGCCAGAAAAAAUUAUAUUACUUCUUCGUUAUCCUAGGUAUCUGCUGUUAAUAAAGACAAGGUUCGGUGAUGAGGCUGAAAUGAUCGUAGAGGAAACCUUAAGAGUUGGUCAAGACACAGCAUCAAGUAUCAUUAUAAAGGCAGCAACACGACUGAAAGAGACUCUGAAAGCAGGUGAUGGCAACUUAAAUCUGGUUACACUGCGUGACAAAUUUUUCCUUCUCAUAAGUAAACAAUUCCUGAUGAGAUGCCCAUCUGUUUCGGAGGAAGCAGAUAUCCCUGCCCUAAAAGUAAAGGAACGAGAAUUAUAUCUGCCUCCAGAACUGAAUAUGAAGGCUCUGAGUAACAUGGAAAAGCAAAUACAAGAUAAACCAGGAGAUGAUGGCAUCUAUUGGAGGGUAAAUUAUGAUAGGUUUCAUCAAGAAUUCAGGGAUCAGGUGAUGGUUGCUGCCAUAGGUCGCCGAUUAGAUGAGAAUGCUGCAGAACUGAUGAAGCAUCUCUUAAAUCAGAUGUACUUGCGCACAGAGCCGUGGGCUGCAACAUCAAACCCUAUUCCAUACACAGAAUUGAAAGAAGCCAUAAGAAAGUCAAAUACACAUCCUCAGUUGCAACAGUAUCUUGACCAAUAUCUGAAGAUGUUAGAGGAAGAUUCAAGUCAGUUCGUGGGCAAGGAUGGGGACAGUGGUGGAGGACAGUAUGUCCUUAAUAUAAAGGAAGCCUUUACUCAGCUGACUUGGACAACUAUUGAAAACACCGUUUUGGAACGCUUUGGUUCAAAAGCAGCAAGGAUAUUUAGGUUGGUUAGAGCAAAGGAGUUCGUGGAACAAGAACAAAUACAACAGUUGGUGAUGAUCCCAGCAAAAGAAGCUAAACUGUACACAUAUCGACUGUUGCAAGAAAAUUUUAUACAAAUGCAAGAACUGCGCAAGACAAUGUCUACAAAUCAGCCAAAUAAGACAUUUUUUCUGUUUCAUAUAGAUCUAAACCAGGUGGCAAGAAUGAUGCUGGAAGUGUGCUACCAUGCUACAUACAAUGCAAUGAUACGCAGGGAGCAUGAAAAGAAUGAGAAUCGUAGACUUAUUGAGAAGCAGCAGCGAAUUGCCUCCAUAACACAGAACUUGCGUGAGCAGGGAGCAACUCCAGAACAGUUAGCCGAGAUUGAAGAAAUGUUGACACCACCUGAACGCAGCCUGGUAGAGAAAGUCAGGAUGAUGCUGAAUAAGCUCAGUAUGGCCGAACUGCAGCUGGAUGAAACAAUGUUUAUAUUGCAAAUAUUUCUAAAUUACUGAAAUAAAGUUGUUUUGAAUAA